AAAAUUUGCUCUCAAACAACUCAGCACAUACAUCGCAAUCGUUGUGGUUUUUAUUUACAAUGUUGUGCUCGGCAAGGAUUUGCAGUGCUCGUGCGGACAGCAAACUCUUGUUUGCAGUUUAUACAUGAUGCUGCCAUUUUUCAUUUUGUUUGUUUUACAACUCUGGACGGACAAGAAAUUCCAGAUAGCCUGGAAAUAUACAUGUGCCUGUACCUGGACAUGUAGAUUUAACAAAGAAUGCUGUAACAAGUGUUGCCAUCGGAUCUGUUGUUGUUGUUACUGCUGUACAUGCUGUAUUAACUAUACAAAAAGACUUUGUAAAGUUUUUUGCAUUUUCUUGCAUCACAUUAUGAAGGCAGUUUUCAUCGGUCUGCUGUGGGUUGCAUCCGUGUUAAUCGAUGGAGACUGGUAUGUUUGCUGUUGGAACGAUCAGUCUAAACAGCAGAAACAGUUAGCCUGCAAAGCCGAGACUGACAUGACAGCAAUGGAACGAAAAAUCAUCGCUGAACUGAAGGACUGGUCCUGGGUUAUUGGCAUCUCUCUACUCUUUGGUGCCCUUUUCUUGGCUGCAUUAAUGUCAUCGUUUGGAAGGAUAAAAUGCGGUGAGGAUUCGGCGUGCUGCAACAGAAAAAAUCUAUAUUACAAAGUGAUCUUGGAAGAGGAGAAAGAUGUGCUGAGAGAGAUUUUGACAAAAACAGCGAAAGAAAAGUUGGCUGAAGAUUUCGGGAACAAAAUACGUGGCAAACAGUGGGAAGGCUGUUUUGAUGUGGCUAAAGAUCUGAUUAAAGCAGAAGAAAACCAGGAGAAUGAGCUGGAAAUGACAGAGGUGAGACGUUUGACAGAGGAGGAGCCAGGUCCAUCAAGCGACCCAUAAAUGCUGGCAGACUUUGAUGGUUUACACAACAAAGUGUUGAGAAAUUCUACUGAGCUUUAAUCUGUAACUGAACUGUUUAUCAGGGACGCAGCUGCAGCUUCUUUGCUUUUCUGAUUCAUACUGACCUUUUUAAUAUUAUAGUUUUAUAUUUUCUGUGUUCAGCCUUCAGAGUUCUGUUGAAGUUAAUCUGAUGCUGUAAAUAAAUGUUGACAUUAGGAGGAUGGUGGGGAGGCCAAGAAUGAGUUCUCCUGAUGCUCCUUAAACUAAACUACCCUGAAAGGACCAGGUCUGAAGGACGGAGAGAUUCAGAGACUGAAAAGAUGGAACUCUGCUCUGAGCACUGAGGAGAGCUUCCUGUUGCAGAAACUCCUGUCUGUGAAACCAGCUGUUUAAUGUUGACCUGAAGAAAAAAAGAGAACUUCACCUUCCUGUUUGCUCUGUUGUGUUUGACUUUGUAUCAACCUGUUAAUCAGUUUUACUAUGUUUAUUAUUAUAGAUGUAGUUAAGUUUGCUGGUCAUUAACCAGGUUCAGCUGUCUGGACGUAGGAACAGUAAGAUAAUAAGAAUAACUUUUGUGCUUUUACUUAAUAAAACC